ACCGGUCUGUGCGAUCAUGCUGUGGUGGUUGUGCUGCUGAGGGACAUAAGUCAGAUCCCCUAAAACAGGAAAAAAAAAAAAGUCCACACCAGGAAGUUGCCUGCUUCAGUCACUUCAUGUAAAUAAGUUAUUGCCCUCCAGUAACAGUUGAAAUGGAGCUAUGGGAGGUUGCCUCUUCUUUAGAAACCACAGAAGCCAAAGAGAUCAACUCUUCACAGAUAGUUGUUAGUCCUCCUGAGGGUCUGGAAAGCUACAUGGUUCUCACCGAGAUCGAGAAGACCGCCAUCGGUUCCAUCUGUUUCCUGGCAGGUCCUAUCACACUACUGGAAAACGCUCUUGUGUUGGUGGUGAUCGCUGCAACGGCCUCCCUGCGGCGGCGGCCCUCAUAUCUGUUCAUUGCCAGCCUUGCUUUGGCUGAUGUCUUCGCCAGCUGCUUCUUCACCACCAGCUUCCUGGCCUUUCACCUCUUUCACCGCAACGACGGCCCCACGGCCUACCUCUUCAAAUUAGGCGGCGUCACCAUGGCCUUCACCAGUUCGGUGGGGAGUUUGCUGCUGACCGCUCUGGACCGCUACCUUUGCAUCCAGCAGCCCUCCCGCUAUAAGGUGCUGCUGACCCGCCGGCGGGCCCUGCAGAGCCUGCUGAUCCUCUGGAGCGUCACCAUUAUCAUCUCCUUCCUGCCACUGAUGGGCUGGAGGUGUCUCACAGGGCUUACUCCUCCACCCUGCUCACGCCUGUUUCCCUACAUCAACCGUGUCUACCUGGCCUUCUGGACCAGCUUCAUACUGGUCAUUCUGGCUCUCAUUCUGUGUGCUUAUGCUCUCAUCCUGUGGAAGGCCCACCGCCAUGAGUCCUCUAUGACCAGCCUCCAUGGAUCAGCAGGGACUCGACAGGCCCGCAUGAGGAUGGAUAUCCGGCUGGCGCGAACUUUUGGAUUGAUCCUAAUCAUACUGGUGAGCUGCUGGCUUCCUGCCCUCUCCUUCAUGUUAGCUGAUGUCUCUAUGAUCCUGACUCUCAACCAACAGAGAGCGUUCGCCUUUUGCAGCACCCUGUGCCUGCUCUACUCUACAGUCAACCCGCUGCUUUAUGCACUGCGCUGUCGAGAGCUAAGAGUCGCCCUGCUGGAGUUGCUGCAAAGGCUGUGCGUGAUGGGAAGGUGUAAAAAAUCUACAGAGGCUUUAACCCCCAAAUUACCCUCCACAGAAGACAAUACGGCCAUCUCUGUGGAUGAGAGGACCGAGACCAGAACCCCACAACCUAACUCCACCUCAGAGGUGGUGGACAAUUAGCAGCCGAACAUCAGAAAUUGAGUUGAAAUGAAGGAUGAGUUGUACAGAUAGAUAAGUAAAAUAUGAGCAGGAUUAAUUUCAAUAAAAUGAUUAGUGCUGGUAUUUACUUUAAGGUUAUUGUGUUCAAGGCUAUUAAACCAUAACUCUUGAAUAUUGCUAGUAGGCCUAAUAGGUGAUCCGACAAAUCAGAAAGCUUAUCAAAUGUGGGAAACAUGCUACGUAAUGUGUUUUAGUUCCAGUUAUGAGAUACGCUGGGCCGACAGCUUGUAAGGAGAAACCAUUAACCUUUUCACAUACAGUUAGAACCAUUCUAGUAUCAGAUUCCAGUGGAAAUAAAGCUUCUCAUCUCUGGGCAUUGGUUCAGGUCGGACAAAAGAUUUUUGUGUAUGUUGGACUGGAAGUGAGAUGAUGUCAUGUGGCCAGCUAACCUUUAACCUUUGCCCUCUGGGUCUCCAAUGUCAGUGCUUUAAACGCUCUCACUCCUUUGACAUACCUUGUCCUGUGAACUGAAGUGCUGACUUCACUUUUGUGUUCAACACGUGGUAGAAAGGUGGAUUUGUUGUUGGUAUGCUUGUUUAUUUUUUGAGUAUUUGUCCCUGAGGGGGCAGGAACAGAGGACGCUGUGGGCCCGCCUAUCCCGUAUGCACAUGAAUGCCAGGCCUCCACAAAAGCCCCAUGCACAGGAGGAUUUCACACAAUGUCCGCACACGUGAAUCCAAGCAGUGUGCCGACGCAAACGGAGCACAUGCCAGGAGGAGACCGCGCACAAACACUAGAACACUCUUUGCAAUUGUGACAACUGGCAGCUGCAGUCAAGCAUAUACUGUAUGACAUUACACUUAAAAUCACAGGUGUACAUACUAGACCGAACACGUGUUUCAAUCACUAUGGCAACUGAUUAAAGAUAAUAUUU